UGUGCCCAUGGCUGGUUUGGGGCGGACUGUGCUCAGCCCUGUGCGUGUUUGAACGGUGGUGUGUGUGACCGUCACAGUGGAGAGUGCAGCUGUGGCCCGGGCUGGGUAGGACAGCACUGUCAGACAGGUAAGGAACAAGAAUCCUAACCAUGUUGCCCUAAGACCUGUACUUUCUUGUACUCUGACCUGAUUUAUUGAGUGUGUACGUGUGUGUUUCUGUGUGUCUUGUCAAUGUUGUUGUAUGUGUAUUUAUGUGUGUGAUCAGGGUUGGGUUGUAACAGAUUACAUAUAAAUCGGGAUUAAAUUAAUCCGAUUACAAAAAUGAAGUAACUGUAAUCAGCCUGGAUUACAAAACUUUUUUUUUUUUUACACGGAUUACUGUUACAUUUAUAAAAACAUCUGAUUUCAUCUAAAUUUGUCAGAAUUUCAGUUCUUUAGCGCACCCUCAAGACUUCUCACAUGUUCUCAUCUCAGCAAGAUUAUAUUGUCCUGCAAAUCACCCAUCAAGGGUGGAUGGAUUAUUUUGUAUUCAGACUGGUUGAAUGAAUAGGUGUCUUCCAAAACAUUUAUACAUGGCCCACUGGUCAAUCAGAGUCAUCUGGACUCCACAGAGGUCCUUCUUGCUGCUUUGUAGCCUAUUUACAGUUCACUUUCACUCUCUCCCCUUUGUGUGCUGGGGUAGCAGGAGAGAAAAAUGCUUUCUGGUUGCACAACAUUUCAAAAUGCAAUCGUGGGAAAAACAUUGUUUUAAGCAAACCAAUUUUGCUACUAUUAUUAUCAACUCUUAUUAUUGAGGGAAGGACACUUACGUCGGCCAUUCACAGUGAGUGCAUAAAAUGUAUGGUUAGAUAUCAAUUACACGGCUAACUAUCAGCCAAAUUUCACUUAGCAACCUAGCCAACUACUUUCUCAGGUAUUGCCAGAUGUUUAUAUUCCCACUUAGCAACAAGCACUUAGCGGGCAGGCGGUCCUUCAGAGUAAUGGCUCUGCGGUGCGACAGCAGAGCUGCCUGUCAGCUAAACAGAUAAGGGGCCCACGACAGAAUGCUUUUACUGAUUUAGCAGCCACUCUCAUCCCACUGGUGAGACAUUUUCUUACAUUUACAUUUUAGUCAUUUAGCAGACGCUCUUAUCCAGAGCGACUUACAGUUAGCACAUACAUUAUUUUAUCGAACCCACAACCCUGGCGUUGCAAAUGCCAUGCUCUACCAACUAAGCUACAUCCCCUGCCGGCCAUUCUCUCCCCUACCCUGGACGACGCUGGGCCAAUUGUGCACCGCCCCAUGGGUCUCCCGGUCGCGGCCGGCUACGACAGAGCCUAGAUUCGAACCAGGAUCUCUAGUGGCACAGCUAGCACUGCAAUGCAGUGCCUUAGACCACUGCACCACUCAGGAGAGACACUGCCUAGUCACACUACAGCUGCCCCUUUAGGCAAGCCACUUUAUUCAGCAUCAAGCCAGUUGCAUGCCUGCUCCCCAUCCCAGAUUUGUCACGAUCGUCGUAUGGAGUAGACCAAUGCGCAGCGUUAGUUGCGAACAUACUUCUUUAAUAAGUGAAAGCACGAACAAAACAAGAAAACGAUAACGUGACAGUCAACGGUCAAACACAAACCAACUCGAACAAGAUCCCACAAAACACAAAGGGCAAAUAGACAGUUUAAAUAUGGCUCCCAAUCAGAGACAACCAGCCACAGCUGACACUCGUCGCCUCUGAUUGGGAGUCACUCUGGCCAACAUAGAAACAACACAACUAGAACUCCCGACAUAGAAAUACAACACAUAGAAUGAACACACCCUGGCUCAACAUAUAGAGUCCCAGAGCCAGGGUGUGACAGUACCCCCCCUAAAGGCGCGGACUGCGACCGCGCCUCAACUAGAACCAAACAGGGGAGGGAUGGGUGGGCAUUCCUCCUCGGCGGCGGUUCUGGCUCCGGGCUUGCCCACCACCCUCCAAUAAUCCCCCCAUAGCGCCCCUGGUCCGAUCUGGCCCCGCUGGCUGGAGCUGAACUGGACAUAGUAGGAGCGGAUAGCUUCAGCUCCGGUGUGGAGCAGCCGACCAGUACCUGAUCAGGCACCGGUGACCCAGGCACGGGUUGUGCCGGACUGACGACGCGCCUCCCUGGCUUGGUGCAUGGAGCAGGAACGGACCGGACCGGGCUGACGAUGCGCACCCCUGGCCUGGUGCGAGGAGCAGCAACGGGCCGGACCGGGCUGAAGAUACGCACCCCUGGCUUGGUGCGUGGAGGAGGAACGGGCCUUACCAGGCUGACGACUCGUACCCCUGGCUUGGUGCGUGGAGGAGGAAUGGGCCUUACCAGGCUGACGUCUCGCACCCCUGGCUUGGUGCGAGUAGCAGGAACAGGCCGGGCCGGGCUGGCGACGCGCACCGUAGGCUUGGUGCGAGUGGCAGGAACAGGCCGGGCCGGGCUGGCGACGCGCACCGUAGGCUUGGUGCGAGUGGCAGGAACAGGCCGGGCCGGGCUGGCGAUGCGCACCGUAGGCUUGGUGCGAGUGGCAGGAACAGGCCGGGCCGGGCUGGCGAUGCGCACCGUAGGCUUGGUGCGAGUGGCAGGAACAGGCCGGGCCGGCGACGCGCACCGUAGGCUUGGUGCGAGUGGCAGGAACAGGCCGGGCCGGAAUGGCGACGCGCACCGUAGGCUUGGUGCGAGGGGCAGGAACAGGCUGGGCCGGGCUGGCGACGCGCACCGUAGGCUUGGUGCGAGUGGCAGGAACAGGCCGGGCCGGGCUGGCGACGCGAACCGUAGGCUUGGUGCGAGGGGCAGGAACAGGCCGGACCGGGCUGUGGAGACGGAUAGGAGACCUGGAGUGAAGAGCGGCCACAACCCGUCCCGGCUGAAUGCCUACCUUCACACACUCUGUGUGAGGCAUCCGCACAGGACGUACAGGGCUGUGUACCCGUACUGGCAUAACAGCACGUGACACUGGAGCAGGAUAUCCGGGACCGAGGAGAGGCAUUGGAGACCACGAGCGCUGAGCCGGCACACUCCGUCCUGGCUGCAUACCCACCUUCGCACGACACGUGCGGGGUGCUCGCACAGGACGUACCGGACUAUGCCGGACCACUCGUGGCACCGUACGCCGCUCCGCAUACCGCGGCACCUGUCCAGUCCCAUGCUGCCAUGCCUGAGUACGGGAAGUUGGUUCCGCUCUCCAUCCAGGCUCCGCCAACCUGCCUUCUGGCCCCCCAAACCCGGUGGCCUCCUCUCCAAAUCUCCCAAAUCGCCCUGUGGCAGCCUCCUGCUGCCCAGUCGCCCAUGCCGUGUGCCCCCCCCCCUAAAAAAUGUUUUGGGUUGCCUCUCGUCCGUCCGACGACGACACUGCUGACGCCGCUGCUCCUCUCUCGCCAGGGCCUUAAUCAUAGCCCAUGGCCCUUUUCCCCCGAGCAUGUCCUCCCAGGACCACACUUUGCCCACCUGGGCCACCGCCAACCUCUCCAGCUCCUUUCCUGGCGCUUCCUCCCAUGUCCAGGCAGCCUGUUCCUGGACACGCUGCUUGGUCCUGGAGUGGUGGGAUCUUCUGUCACGAUCGUCGUAUGGAGUAGACCAAUGCGCAGCGUUAGUUGCGAACAUACUUCUUUAAUAAGUGAAAGCACGAACAAAACAAGAAAACGAUAACGUGACAGUCAACGGUCAAACACAAACCAACUCGAACAAGAUCCCACAAAACACAAAGGGCAAAUAGACAGUUUAAAUAUGGCUCCCAAUCAGAGACAACCAGCCACAGCUGACACUCGUCGCCUCUGAUUGGGAGUCACUCUGGCCAACAUAGAAACAACACAACUAGAACUCCCGACAUAGAAAUACAACACAUAGAAUGAACACACCCUGGCUCAACAUAUAGAGUCCCAGAGCCAGGGUGUGACAAGAUUAUUAUUAUAUUUUCUAUAUAUUGGAUGUCAUGGCAAUUUCAAAACAUGUUUUUGGAAAAGUACUUUAAGUGAUUAGGUGUUGGCACAAUUCUAUCAGGAUCUGGGUCCACAGGUGACAACAAAUAAAUCAAAUCAAAUUGUAUUGGUCGUAUACAACUGGCGGGCUUCUCAAACAGUGCAAUGGAGACAAAAGUGAACAAUUAAAUAAGUGACAGUAAAUAUAAAAUAUAGUAAUACUCCAAAUAAUACUUAGAAAACACUAAGGAAACUACAAAAGAGGCAUGCUGAUAAAAGAGAAUAAGAUUAAAUAAGUUUACAUACUCCUUAGCCAAAUACAUUUAAACUCAGUUUUUCACAAUUCCUGACUUUUAAUCCUAGUAAAAAUUCCCUGUCUUGGGUCAGUUAGGAUCACCACUUUAUUUUAAGAAUGUGAAAUGUCAGAAUAAUAGUAGAGAGAAUUAUUUAUUUCAGCUUUUAUUUCUUUCAUCACAUUCCCAGUGGGUCAGAAGUAUACAUACACUCAAUUAGUAUUUGGUAGCAUUGCCUUUAAAUUGUUUAACUUGGGUCAAACGUUUCAGGUAGCCUUCCACAAGCUUCACACAAUAAGUUGGGUGAAUUUUGGCCCAUUCCUCCUGACAGAGCUGGUGUAACUGAGUCAGGUUUGUAGGCCUCCUUGCUCGCACACACUUUUUCAGUUCUACCCACAAAUGUUCUAUAGGAUUGAGGUCAGGGCUUUGUGAUGGCCACUCCAAUACCUUGACUUUGUUGUCCUUAAGCCAUUUUGCCACAACUUUGGAAGUAUGCUUGGGGUCAUUGUCCAUUUGAAAGACCCAUUUGCGACCAAGCUUCAACUUCCUGACUGAUGUCUUGAGAUGUUGCUUCAAUAUAUCCACAUAAUUUUUCCUUCCUCAUGAUGCCAUCUAUUUUGUGAAGUGCACCAGUCCCUCCUGCAGCAAAACCCCCCCUACAGCAUGAUGCUGCCACCCACGUGCUUCACGGUUGGGAUGGUGUUCUUCGGCUUGCAAGCGUCCCCUUUUUCCUCCAAACAUAACGAUGGUCAUUAUGGCGAAACAGUUCUAUUUUUCUUUCAUCAGACCAGAGGACAUUUCUCCAAAAAGUAUGAUCUUUGUCUCCAUGUGCAGUUGCAAACCGCAGUCUGGCAUUUUUAUUUAUGGCGGUUUUUGGAGCAGUGGCUUCUUCCUUGCUGAGCGGCCUUUCAGGUUAUGUCGAUAUAGGACUCGUUUUACUGUGGAUAUAGAUACUUUUGUACCUGUUUCCUCCAGCAUCUUCACAAGGUCCUUUGCUGUUGUUCUGGGAUUGAUUUGCACUUUUCACACCAAAGUACGUUCAUCUCUAGGAGACAGAACGCGUCUCCUUCUGGAGCGGUAUGACGGCUGCGUGGUCCCAUGGUGUUUAUACUUGCAUACUAUUGUUUGUACAGAUUAACGUGGUACCUUCAGGCAUUUGGAAAUUGCUCCCAAUGAUGAACCAGACUUGUGGAGGUCUACAAUAUUUUUUCUGAGGUCUUGGCUGAUUUCUUUUAAUUUUCCCAUGAUGUCAAGCAAAGAGGCACUGCGUUUGAAGGUAGGCCUUGAAAUACAUCCACAGGUACACCUCCAAUUGACUCAAAUGAUGUCAAUUAGCCUAUCAGAAGCUUCUAAAGCCAUGACAUCAUUUUCUGGAAUUUUCCAAGCUGUUUAAAGGCACAGUCAACUUAGUGUAUGUAAACUUCUGACCCACUGGAAUUGUGAUACAGUGAAUUAUAAGUGAAAUAAUCUGUCAGUAAACAAUUGUUGGAAAAAUUACUUGUGUCAUGCACAAAGUAGAUGUCCUAACCGACUUGCCAAAACUAUAGUUUGUUAACAAGACAUUUGUGGAGUGGUUGAAAAAUGAGUUUUAAUAACUCCAACCUAAGUGUAUUACAUUUUUUUACAUUUUAGUCAUUUAGCAGACGCUCUUAUCCAGAGCAAUUUACAGUUAGUGAGUGCAUAAUUAUUUUAUUUUUUUCAUACUGGCCUCCCGUGGGAAUCGAACCCACAACCCUGGCGUUGCAAGCUCCAUGCUCUACCAACUGAGCUACACUUCCGACUUCAACUGUAUCUGUCUAUAAUGCUUGGGAAUAACAAAAAUUAAAAUACAAUAAUUUUUUGCUCUGAAAACUUGGGGGAUCAAAUAAAAUAACCCGCAUGUCAAAUUCAGCCCACGGGCCACCAUUUGGGGAACCCUGGUCUUUGCUUUUUACAAUUUGUUGAUGAGAGAUAUCAUUGCCUAAUUUACAGCUUAAACUUUGUGAGUGUUAAAUAGGCUAGAUAGCACAUCUUUCUUUUUACUUUAUUCACACAAUUUGUUUAUAAGAAGAGAUGUAGCAUAGUUUAUAGAUUUAUUUUGAAAGGUUUAAGGCUAAAUGUAUGUCUGUUUCUUGCUCUGUUGUUUUUUAACUUGUGUUAGCCUAUAUGAAAGCUUACAGGCACUUUCUUUUUGCAAUUCUAAUAUCUUUAUCAUGUUGCCUUCGGUUCUCGUUUUUAUUUAUCAAAAAAAGACAGUAAUCAAAACAGUGGAUGUGUUUGUGUAUGCUUAAUCAUAACAGUAACAACAGCCUAAUCAAUUAAUCAUGUUUUUUGUGGUGUAGCCAACAGAAGGCUAUUGGCUCCAAUCCAAGAUGUAAGCGCUCUGUCUAGCAGUUGAAUAUGAGAAGCAGCAGUGCAGACGAGAAUAAGCACUUUGAUGACGGCAGUUAAAAAUGUUAAUGUUUUUUGUGCGCUUGUGCCCUUAACAGCAUGUGAGGCCGGCCUGUUUGGCCCAGGGUGUGAGGAGCAGUGUCGAUGUAACCAUAGGCCCGUGUGUGACCACGUCAGCGGAGUGUGUGUGUGUCCUCCUGGCUGGAGGGGACCUCUGUGUGACAGAGGUAAGGUCAGAUUGCUGACCUAGUAUCAGAUUAGCCUUUUAGAUUAUAUAAUGAAUGAGAUUACAUGGACAGGGGAGACCUUAUUAUACAUCAGCACUCCCACUCUGAAGCUACUACGAAUGUAUAGAACCUAUUCAUCACAAGGAGCUGUAUAUACUGUCAAUCAUAAGCAACAGACCGCACGCAUUGACUUAAUUGAAUGUAUGUGAUUUCCACGUUCACCACAGCCUGUCUACCUGGCUCCUAUGGGAAGGACUGUGUGCUACGCUGUAACUGUCCCCACGGCACUUCCUGCAACCACGUUUCUGGCGAGUGUGGCUGUCCCCCUGGAUUCACUGGCAACGGCUGUGAGCAGAGUGAGUGAUUUGGGGCAGACGAAGGCUAGUAAAGAUAUGUUGUAUAAUGUACUGCUUUGCAUGAAUUGUGUUGCAUUGCGUGUAACAAACGAAUCAACUCUGCAGUGACGCAUGCAAUGAUUUAAAGACUGCUGUUUAGCAACCCAACAAGUUAGCAUUCGUUUGGUGAUACAGUGUGGUGUGUCAUGGUGUAAGUGGCUGUAGAGCGAGCUCUAGUCUAGCCUAGAAGCCAGAGGGAUAGGAGAGUAGGGCAAUGAAGAACACAGAAUGCUAUGCCCACGUUUGAAUACUUCAGAAAUUCUUCCUCCCUUCCCUGGUUCCUUGAGGUAAGCGCCGAUCUAUAAGAAUCUUUAAGUGAUACUUUCACCAAUCCAACCAUUUCAGAUCUGUGAUAACCCCAAGGAAGGAAGGAAGGAUAUGUUUCUGAAGUAUUUGAAAAAAGGGCCUAUGAGGUAGAUAUGCAGUAUAUGUAUGGGGUUGCUGAAUGAAACGAUAGUAAAUAUACGUUCAGUUUCCUUAUUACUACUACCUAACAUGUAGGCACACCUUUUUGUGUAGCCUACUGAAAAAGUCCAUGUAUCAGGAUAUUGUAUGGGAGUCAACAUGUGUGUUAUGUGUUUAUUUGCCAGUAUGCCAGCCUGGCACGUAUGGACUGAACUGUAACCAGGUGUGCCAGUGCUCUGGCACCAACCAGCUGUGCCACCCUGACACCGGCCUCUGCUACUGCGCCCCCGGUUACCAUGGUUACAAUUGUAAUCAAGGCAAGCACCCCAUCACACACAUAAACGCACAGAUACACAUUUCCUAUACCAAUGUCACAAAGAAAUUCCACUAUUGAAAGUUGAACUUACAAUAGUCAUAGGUAGGGCCAGGAGAUUUUCCACAAUGUGACCUGAUCAGGAAACACUCUUGACCUUAGUUAUGACCUCACCUGAAUAGAAAAAACGUUGAUCUUACCAGUAGGAAAUGUUUUAACACAGCUAAGUCCUGUGUGUGUUUGGCUUGACAGAGUGUGACAUAGGACGGUACGGCCCAAACUGCGAGCGUCUAUGCCAGUGUAGGAAUGCUGGUGUGUGCCAGACCACCACGGGCACCUGCCAGUGCCUGUCUGGCUACAUCGGAGCAGACUGCAACAUCAGUGAGUGCCAGCGUGUGCCAGGGGCAUGGGCAUAUCCACAGGCUACAGUUUGUUAUUUACCAAGUAUUUAUUUUAACAUUAAAAAGCAAAAUGGUAAUUAGUCAUUCAUUUUUCAUCCUAUAACACAAGCACUACCAAGUAACGUUUUGUAUGGUCUCCUCUCUUUCCCCACUCUUUUCCUCUGGUUCUACCAGCAUGCCCAUCAGGGCGUUAUGGGCAGGACUGUGCCAGGGUGGCGUUCUGUGGGGAGGGGGCACGGAGUGACCCAGAGACAGGCAGGUGUGUGUGCAAGGCCGGCCAGCGGGGAGAAGACUGUGGACAGGGUAAUACACACACACUGUAACACACACAGUUUAUUUCUGCUCCACAAUGAGUGUCAAAUGUAAUAAUCCCAUUCAUCAUGUUUUAUUGACAGUCUACGGUGUGUAUGUUUGUGUGCUUGUGUGCGUGCUGGUGUGUGUGCCUGUUUGUGUUUCUCAGGUUGUGCCCAGGGUUGGUAUGGGGAGGACUGUGGCCAGCGCUGUAACUGCCGUAACGGUGGUGUGUGUGACCCGGUCUCUGGAGGCUGCACCUGCGGACUAGGCUGGACUGGACCCAGCUGUGACAGAGGUGACCUGAGCAGACCUGGCUAUAAAUACUAUUCUAAAUCUUUCAAUUACUUUGAGCAUUUGUUUUAGCCUGCCUGUAGUGCCAGGUGGGCAUGGUUUGCACUUUUGCUUCAAUUCUAUAGGAUCCAUUGCAACAGGCAACCUUAAUCAAGCACAGACACAUUAUUUGAAAUUAUUUCAAAUAGUAUUUGAACCCAGGUCAUGACAACCAUGGUCAACAGCUCACAUUUCCCAUUCUCCUCAUUGUGUUGUGUUGUGAAUCGAUGUGAAGACUCCAUUUAAGUGCCCCUGACAUCAAAUCAAAUCAAAUGUUAUUUGUCACAUGCGCCGAAUACAACAGGUGUAGACCUUACAGUGACAUGCUUACCUACAAGCUCUUAAACAACAAUGCAGUUUUAAGAAAGAAUACAAAAAGAAAUCACACAAAAAAAUAAUAAUACGAAAUAAAAGUAACAAAUAAUUAAAGAUCAACAGUAAAAAUAACAAUAGCGAGGCUAUAUACAGGGGGUACCGGUCCUGGAUGGCAGGAAGCUUGGCCCCAGUGAUGUACUGGGCCGUACGCACUACCCUCUGUAGUGCCUUGCGGUCGGAGGCCGAGCUGUUGCCAUACCAGGCAGUGAUGCAACCAGUCAGGAUGCUCUCGAUGGUGCAGCUGUAGAACCUUUUGAGGAUCUGAGGACCCAUGACAAAUCUUUUCAGUCUCCUUAGGGGGAAUAGGUUUUGUCGUGCACACUUCACGACUGUCUUGGUGUGCUUGGACCAUGUUAGUUUGUUGGUGAUGUGGACACCAAGGAACUUGAAGCUCUCAACCUGCUCCACUACAGCCCCGUCGAUGAGAAUGGGGGUGUGCUCGGUCCUCUUCUUUUUCCUGUAGUCUCCUUUGUCUUGAUCGCGUUGAGGGAGAGGUUGUUGUCCUGGCACCACACAGCUAGGUCUCUGACCUCCUCCCCAUAGGCUGUCUCGUCGUUGUCGGUGAUCAGGCCUACCACUAUUGUGUUAUCGGCAAACUUAAUGAUGGUGUUGGAGUCGUGCCUUGCCAUGCAGUCAUGAGUGAACAGGGAGUACAGGAGGGGACUGAGCACGCACCACUGAGGGGCCCCGUGUUGAAGAUCAGCGUGGCGGAUGUGUUGUUCCUACCCUUACCACCUGGAGGCGGCCCGUCAGGAAGUCCAGGAUCCAGUUGCAGAGGGAGGUGUUUAGUCCCAGGGUCCUUAGCUUAGUGAUGAGCUUUGAGGGCAGUAUGGUGUUGAACGCUGAGCUGUAGUCAAUGAAUAGCAUUCUCACAUAGGUGUUCCUUUUGUCCAGGUGUGAAAGGGCAGUGUGGAGCGCAAUAGAGAUUGCAUCAUCUGUGGAUCUGUUGGGGCGGUAUGCAAAUUGGAGUGGGUCUAGGGUUUCUGGGAUAAUGGUGUUGAUGUGAGCCAUGACCAGCCUUUCAAAGCACUUCAUGGCUACAGACGUGAGUGCUACGGGUCGGUAGUCAUUUAGGCAGGUUACCUUAGUGUUCUUGGGCACAGGGACUAUGGUGGUCUGCUUGAAACAUGUUGGUAUUACAGACUCAGACAGGGAGAGGUUGAAAAUGUCAGUGAAGACACUUGCCAGUUGGUCAGCGCAUGCUCAGAGUACACGUCCUGGUAAUCCGUCUGGCCCUAAGGCCUUGUGAAUGUUGACCUGUUUAAAGGUCUUACUCACAUUGGCUACGGACAGCGUGAUCACAGAGUCGUCCGGAACAGCUGAUGCUCUCAUGCAUGUUACUUGCCUCGAAGCGAGCAUAGAAGUAAUGAUAUCAUGAUGAGCCCAUGACACCAUUACAUUGCUUACCCAUUACAAGGUGUUGUGUGUGUUUCUGUUGCUCUGUCAUUCAGAGUGCCCCUUAGGGAGUUACGGGGCCAACUGCAAACUGCGGUGUGAUUGUCAUAACAAUGGGACGUGCGGCAGAGUAACGGGAGAGUGCCGGUGUGACCCGGGAUACUACGGUCAUCUGUGUGAACACGGUAAGGCAGGGCCAUUCAGUUACUGCUACUAUGAGUGGAUCAAUUAAUCAUCAUAUUGAUCAUAUGAAAUAACUCAAUUUGACGCAAUCAAUGAAUCAAUGUUGAUAAAACAGUAUCAAAGGUUUGGAGGGUUAGGUUAGGCGCGUGAGAAACGAUAUAAGAAAGCUAUUCAAGGCUCUUUUCGAAUGCUCUUUUAUGUUCUAAUGUUUUACUAUCCUAACAUUCUGUUCUAUGUUCUGUCUAGCCUGCCCUGCUGGUUUCCAUGGCCACCGCUGUCAGCUCCAGUGUAAGUGUCGAGGCCACGCCCCCUGUGAUCCCAGCACAGGGCACUGUCUCUGCCCUCCUGGUUACCAUGGAUACCGCUGUGAGAAAGGUGAGAAGCAGUUUAAC